AUGCAAACAUCCGAGAAUAAUACACCAGCACCAGAACCACCAGCGCUCGAAAACGGCGAGUCAAUACCAGUGGUUGUUCCCGAGUCGUUCAACAAACCGCAGCAAGAGCUCGUCGACAAAAUCAAUGCGAAUCUUCACGACGAACGAGUGUUGAUCGUGGCGGCGUCCAACUAUGGCAUGCGUGACCAUGUGUACAACUGGAUCGAAUCAUUGAAACGGACGAACGAGGGCGACAAGUUUAUCAUGUUUUGCCUGGACGACCAAAUGUACGAGCAUAUGGUAGCAGCCGGCUAUGAGAAGAACGCAGCAACGAUCCCAGACAAUUGGUUCCAUGACCAAGUGGAAGCUGGUUUUGAAGAGUAUUAUAGCAAGAAGUAUAGAAUCAUUACGCAUGCCAAGACGCUUAUUGUCCAGCAAUUGCUCUAUCUGGACGUGACGGUGCUGUUCUCGGACGUCGAUAUUGUGUGGUUGCGUCCUCGGAUGCGCGAGUUCAUCCACACGUUUUUCCAGAUGCGCGGCCAAACGCAUGUCGCGUAUCAGCAGGAAGGAUCGGAUCAGCGGGUGGUGAACAGUGGAUUUUACAUGAUGCGGCCGUCGGAUGUGACAAAGCGGCUGCUUGCUGAAACGAUCUACCUCGGCGACACAAACAAGGACUAUACGCAGCAGGGCGCAAUGAAUGCUGCACUGGAUCAUGUGGAUAUGAACCUGCGGUCGACGAAUGUGGUGCUGCUGGAUGUCCUGCAUUUCCCCAACGGCUAUGUGUUCUUUGAAAACCAGUGGCCACAGCAGCAUGGGGUGGAGCCUUAUAUGGUCCAUGCAAAUUACCUGGUGGGAGAUGACAAGAAGAAAAGGCUGCAAGAGUACGGGUACUGGUAUUUGGACGAGCAAUGGCUCGCAUCGAUAGAUGCAAAGAUCGAGCCAGAACAAGAGCAGCCAGCACAAUAG